GACGAAGUGAGGCGGAAGUUCUGCCGGAUGUAGUGUUCUCAGACAGGAAGUGAGGCAGUUUACCUACUGAACUGCGGACAGGUUCCAUGGCGGCCUACGAGCAGGUCCAAAAAGGGCCCUUGAAGCUGAAAGGCGUCGCAGAGCUCGGCGUGACCAAGCGGAAGAAGAAAAAGAAGGAUAAAGACAAGGCGAAACUCCUGGAAGCCAUGGGAACGAGCAAAAAGAACGAGGAGGAGAAACGGCGCGGCCUGGACAAGCGGACCCCCGCCCAGGCGGCUUUCGAGAAGAUGCAGGAGAAGCGGCAAAUGGAAAGGAUCCUAAAGAAAGCCUCCAAAACUCACAAGCAAAGAGUGGAGGACUUCAAUAGACACCUGGAUACACUCACGGAGCACUAUGACAUUCCCAAAGUCAGCUGGACGAAGUAGUUUUCCUGCCCUGGGUAUGGAGUGGCACCGAGGGGACAUGGGAGGCCAAGCUGGGGUUAUGGUUGGUGCCUUUAGCAUUUUCUGGAAACAUUCUUUUACAUAUACCUUUGCUUCCUCUGCUAAGACUGCUUUAUCAAAACAGUGUGCCCUCAUUUUGGAACUUGAUUAAAUUAAGACUAUCCUUUUAUUCUAUUUCAGUUUCUCAGUAGCACAUUGAAGAUGAACCUUUUUAAUUUGGAUUGGAAAUCAUUGAGAGUUUAUCCAGAGAUUAAGGUUGUUUCUGUGUAAGUGCUACGGAAGUGUUUUUACACCCAAGUUGCAUCUAACUCAUUUUGACAGGCAGCCACCUAUCCUUGCCUGGAUGAAACUGACUCCAGAAAGAAGCUGCAGCAUGCAGACCCCUACAGGGCCCUGCGUGGGCUGCCCUUCCAAGCUCCCUCUAGCCUGGGGCUCAUGCUUUUCCACCCAGGGCCUGGGGAAGCCACUUGCAGCUUUGUGGCCUUCAGACUGCCUCCUGAGCUACCUGGCCAGGGAUAACGAUCACCCAAGGCAAGGAUGGGACAGACACCUUGCCCCUUUCUGAGCUGAGCUGGUGGUGGCCAGCAUGUAGCCUGUUCUCCCAGUGUCCCCAUUCCAGACAUGGCAAGUGGGUGUUGCCAUGGCAGGUAUUGCCAGUCAAGUAUCGUGUUCUUUGUAAUGGAACCCAGAUACCAGCUGCCUCACUACCCUUGUCCCUGCGUUCCCAGCAGCCCCCAAAGCUUAUUCAGAGUUGGCACGUACAUUGAAACCUAUUAGGUAUUCCUGGCCUAAAGACACCUCGGGGUGAUGGGACCAGCACAGAGCCCCAGCACAGACAUAUGGGUGCAGCCCAAGGGGAGGGCCCAGGUUCCAGUACUGGAAAGCCAGGGUCUUGGGGGGCCUGCUUGUCCCCAGUGCAGGAGGAUCAGAGUGGGAGAAACGGUCUUCAUUGACAUAAACGGGGAAAAAAAAAAAACAGAUUCAGAAGAGAAUUCUAAGUGUUGGACUUGUGGCUAUCUUAUGUGAUAUGGAGAAUAAAGCAAACCAGUUAUUAAGUAUAA